ACUUUCAGAUUUGAUGCCACUUAUUCAAUGGUUUUCGAUAUCUUCAUUCAAAAUGUACUACAUUUAUAAUUAGCUGAAGUGAGUAAUACGAAACAGUGUGUUUUAAGUCGUUUCUCGAAGUGAAUCGAACUGGAUAGAAUAAUUGUACAUAUUCAGCUUUUACUUAAUCUUCCGAUCGAUAAGGAUUUGGUGAACAUCAGAUCAAGAUGACUGGCUUUGAACUUCUUUGUGGGCUCGUCCUAAUCUUUCUUACCUUUUACUACUAUUUAGUAUGCGAUUAUGAUUUUUGGAAACGACGAGGCAUUUCUGGACCCAAACCAGUACCACUUUUUGGCAACUUUAUGAAUUCACUAUUGGGAAAAAUAUCUAUAGGUGAUGAAAUGGUAAAAUAUUAUAAACAGUACAAACAUUUACCUAUGGUGGGACUAUAUAUUCGUAAGCAACGAGUCUUGGGUGUUAUUGAUCCUGAUAUAAUUAAAACCAUCCUGAUCAAGGAUUUCUCUAAAUUCGCCGAUCGUGGACUUAAAGUCAACAAAGUGGCUGAACCGUUAUCUCAGCACCUGUUUUCUCUGGAGACUAAAAGAUGGCGACCGCUAAGAACACAAUUGUCACCAAUAUUUACCAGUGGCAAAUUAAAAGACAUGUUUUCUUUGAUUCUCGAAUGCUCUGUUAAUUUUGAGAAAUACUUGGACACAUUAGUAGCAGAAGGAAAGCCCAUCGACUGCCGUGAAUUAACAGCUCGAUUCACGACUGAUGUGAUUGGUAGCUGCUCGUUUGGAAUUGAUGCAAACGCCAUGUCGCAAAAGGAAUCAAAGUUCCGUGAAAUAGGAAGACAGAUUUUCUAUCCUGGCUGGAAGCAGAUACUUAGGAUGAGACUUAGAGAGUCCCUUCCGAAAUUGUACACUCUUAUAGGUUACAUAUUACCGCAUGACGAAAUGACUAAAUUCUUCACAGAAAUUGUAUUAGAUACGAUUGAGUAUAGGAAGAAGAACAAUAUUGUCAGACACGAUUUUAUCAAUAAGCUGAUGGAACUUCAAGCACAUUCUGAGAAACUAGGCGAUAUUGAAUUAACGGACACAUUGUUAGCCGCACAAGCAUUUGUAUUUUUCGCUGCUGGAUUCGAAACUUCCGCAGCAACGAUAGCCAAUGCUCUUUAUGAAUUGGCUUUAAAUCAAGAACUACAAGUUAAGGUAAGAGAAGAAAUUAGAGAACGUUACGCGUUGAACAAUGGAGAAUGGCCCUAUGAGGACAUCAAUGAUAUGCCGCUUUUGGACGCAGUAUUUAAAGAAACAUUAAGGAAGUACCCACCAAUCACGGUUAUAAUGAGAAAGGCAGAAGAAAAUUACACUUUUGAAGAUCUAAAACUUACAAUACCAAAGGACACAAGGAUUUUCAUCCCUUCAUAUGCAAUACAGCAUGACCCUGAAAUUUAUCCUGAUCCUGAAGUUUUUGAUAUUAAUCGAUUCACCGCUGAUGCAGUAGCAAAAAGGCAUCCCAUGCACUACAUACCUUUUGGUGAUGGUCCCAGAAACUGUAUCGGUGCACGUUUUGCACACUUCCAAACAAAAAUUGGAUUAAUAAAGGUUCUCCUUAAAUACAAAGUCGACACUUGUAAAGAAACCCGACCGUAUGAGAUUGAACCACGUUCUUUCUUAUUAGCACCAAAAAAUACAAUUAUAUUAAAAAUGUCUAAACUAACUGUACUAGCGUAACUGUACUUAUAAAAUUAUUCCAAUUUUAGGAUUAACUUACUUAGCGUAACCAAGCGUGGAAAGUAUUUUUGUAAGAAUAAUUGGCGAAUAAUUGUUUUUUGUAAACAAAUAAUACGUGCAUAGGUACAUUUUCAUUAAUUUUAUUUAUAAAUAUUGAUAUAAUUAAUUUAAUAACCUAUAACCUAUAAAGUUAAUGCAACUUUAAAAAUUAAAUUUAAAUAAGUAUCUACAGAGUGUACAUUUUAUAUAGUCGUAAGUUUUAUUUAUUUAUAUACAUAUUAAUAAAAUAUAUGCAAGAAUACUAACCUGAAGUUAGAUGUAUAAUUUUUAACCAAAAGAAAAAAUAAUGUUUAAAGAAGCAUAAAUAAAAUUUUGAAAAUAAAAAUAAUGUAAAAUACUAAAAUAAAUUUAAAAUGUUCAUGGUCCGUCUCCAGAGCAGGAACGUCAGGUAAUUUCUUCCCAAAUAUAGAAUUUCAUCUCUGUCCGUCUUUUUAAUAAAUAAAAAACUUAAUUUAUACCUGUACACGUUCAUAGCCACAAAAAAAGGGUAAGAAACUGUACUAUUUUUUCUUUAUGAACGCAAAUGUUUGUACAGACGCCAAAAGGUUGUGUACGCAUGAGAGAAACGCGCGAAUUUUGAAUAUCGAUAACUUACAAAUAUUUCAGUUUUAUUGGUGAACUUAUAGGAAAGCUACCCCCCCUCUCUCAAAGUUCGAUGAUUUGUAAAUAUGUUGUAAAAUUUGUCAUUUGUAGCAAUUUGUUUCAUUUAAGCUAUAUGUCGGAUUCAAUUAGUUUGCGAGGUAUUUGCGAAAGAAUAUUGUUACUACUACUACAGCGAAUUCUGCCUAUAUACCACGGGCGCCCGUGGCCGUGUGUGAGCCGGCUCGCUUGCCUACCGUUUCUGUAAGCAGCACUCUAUGGUCCAGCUUCUAUUCAUACAACGGGUAAACUGAAAUAAAUUGAAUUACAUUGAAUUUUAUCUGUACGUACUGUAGACCGUUCAGAUGUUGCGGAGGCUAAGGAGUGACUCCUCGGUCUGUCCCGCCUAGUCCCAACGUCGUCACGCACCCAUACCAUUUGACUUUGCGGUGUGCAAGCAGCGGGCUUAGUAUGUGUGAGCGUUUCGACCAGAGACAUAAGAAAUAUAGACGGAGCAUAAACUGCUGCUUUAGGUAAGGGGGGCUGUGAUAAUCGGGGCGAGGAGGGGACUCGUCUGACUUCGACUUAUUCCGGCAAGACUCGGUAGUAUUCGGCUCAUUUUUCACAUGUAUGUAUGUACACCGACAAUGAGUUGCAUUGAUUUGUCGCAGUGAAGUUGGUCACGCAUUCACUCAUCGACGCGGCGUGAAUGCGUAGUGAAUUUGUAGCCAACUUCACUGCUACAAGUUCAAUACAACUCAUCGUACGGAUGCGAAAAGCCGAACAUACCCGAGUCUGCGUUUACGAAAAUAGUCGAAGUCAGAUGAGUUCCCCCCUUACCGCGAUUAUCACUUACCCCUCGUAGAAAGGCUCCGUCUAUACUUCUUAUGUCUAGCGUUUCGACCAGUAACGCGCGACGGUCUAGAAUCCGCGUGCAUUAGGCGUGACUAGAAAUCUCUGACCAAUCGUACCCGCAUUCCUUAGCCUCCGCAACAUCUGAACGGUCUACAGUACAUACAGGAUGAUGUACUCUCGCUAUGGGACACAAAGGAACUGGCGGCAAUGAAUCCCUUGACCGCACCAUGAAGACACACAGAGUCGUCUUGGCCCGGGUAAGUCCCCGCUGGCACAAGACAAUACGGACCUCUUUAUGGUGCGGUCAGGGGGUCCAUUGUCGCCAGUGUUCCUUUGUGUCUCCUAGUGAGAGGAUCAUCCUGUAUACGUCUGCGGCUAUGUGUGCGUCGGCAAGCGAUCCUCGCUUAUCUACUGUUUCUGUCAACAGCACCACAUGGUCUGGCUACCGUCCAUGUAACGGGUCAGCUUAAAAUCAAAGUUAACUACUAAUUUCAAUACUUUUGACAUUGCACUUGCGUGGCCGACCGCCUUUAGACGGCCGGAAUAUUAAUGUGAUCUGACCUAACAUAAUCUAGACAUAUAAGUAACGAAAAAAAAAUUAUAUUCCGUCAACAUUGAUAUUAAUCAUUGUACAUACGCUGAGUUGCGUUGAUUCUGUCGCGGCGUGUGACACUAACACAUAUUCAUGCUGGAGAGCCGAUUGGCGAGGGGUACGCGAAGGAGGGACUGCAGCCAAUCGACUGGCGGCGUAAAUAUGUGUUAGAGUCACACGGCGCGACAGAAUUAACGCAACUUAGUGUAUGUAUGUAUGUACACUGAGUUGC